AACCCUCUUUUUCCGGGGUCACUGUCUUGUCACCUUUCACAAAACAAAAAAGGAACAAUGGAAUCAAUGUUGCACUUGCACCACCACCAUCAUCAUCAUCAUCAUCAUCAUCAUCAUCAUAUAUCAACCAAACCCAUUUCGCAUGUUCAUUCCAAACCCACCAUUUUUCUUCAAUCAUCACCCAUUUCUACAGUUCGGUGUCGCCCUCUUCAACUUCAAGCUACUUCUUCUUCUUCCUUUCAAUUCAGACUUUCAGGUAAAACAAGGGUGGACGAUAGUAGGAGCUUGACUUUAGACAGCAUUAGGCACUCUUUGAUUAGGCAGGAAGAUAUCAUAAUAUACAGUCUUUUGGAGAGAGCUCAGUAUGCUUAUAAUGCAGCCACAUAUGACAAUGAUGCAUUCUGCUCAGAUGGUUUUCAUGGCUCUUUGGUUGAGUACAUGGUCUGCCAAACUGAAAAGCUUCAUUCACAGGUGGGAAGAUAUAAGAGCCCUGAUGAGCAUGCUUUUUUCCCUACAUACUUACCUGAGCCAUCUCUUCCACCCUUGAAGUAUCCACAGGUUCUGCAUCACUGUGCCCAUUCAAUCAAUAUAAACCCCAUGAUUUGGAAUAUGUAUUUUAAAGAUCUCCUUCCAAGAUUAGUAAAACCAGGAGAUGAUGGUAACUACGGAUCAGCUGCAGUCUGUGACACUCUUUGCUUGCAGGCUCUCUCAAAGAGAAUCCACUAUGGCAAAUUUGUUGCUGAAGCAAAGUUUCAAGAAUCUCCUUCUGUAUAUGAGGCUGCCAUUAAACUGAAAGACAAAAAACGGCUGAUGGAAUUGUUGACAUAUGAAACAGUUGAGACAUCAGUGCAGAAGAGAGUAGAGAUGAAGUCAAGGACAUAUAGUCAAGUGGUAAAGCUCGAUGAAACAGGCGAUGUAGCUGAUCCUGUAUAUAAAAUCAAGUCAGGUUUGAUUGGAAAUCUUUAUGGAGAUUGGAUAAUGCCGCUAACAAAACAAGUGCAGGUAGAAUACUUGUUGAGAAGACUCGAUUAAACAGAAGAAAAUGGUGUAACUUUUUCAUCAUGUAAACAGAUUUUGUUUUUUGCUUUCCAAUCCUUAGAACUUGAUGUAAUUGUUGACUUCAUGCAACAGUACUCAAGGUUGAUUAAAAAAAAUUCGGUUCUUUUUUGAA